CCGGUGGAGCUGUUAAGAAAGACCUCUGCUUAGUGACCAGGAGAGCUUACAAGAACCACCUUUCUGAGUGUCUCUCCUUUCUCUGAAUCUUUUACUUGGCUCGCGGAGAUUGAAACCGAGCUGCCAUGGACGUAGAGGAGCUCUCUGGUUUCAGGCUCCCCUCAGGCUGGCAUCGAUCCUCUUCAGCUAUGGAAUCAUCUAGCCUCCACUCAGGCAGAGAUGAUGAUACCUGGGAAUAUUUUCCAUGCCCCUUCUGCUAUGUUGAUGUCCAAAUUCUUUCUCUCUGUAACCAUUUACAGGAGGAGCACUGCUUUGACAUGAAAAAUAUGGUAUGCCCUGUUUGUGCAGCCAAUCCAGGGAAGGAUAUGAUUGAGCAUUUUAUAGUGCAGCAUUCACAAUUGCUGAAGAGGAGGAAGUCCCAGAAAACAAGUGUAUGGACUAAUAAUUCGUCUAUGGUAGAAAAGGAACCAUAUGAUGUUUGCUCCUUUCAAGUGGCCUCAGCGAACUGCCAGGGUGAAGCUCCACCUGAUUCUGCUCCUGAUCCACUACUCUUGUCAUUUAUUUGCAGUAUAACUUCCCCAAAUAUGAAUUCUCCAGAAGAAGACUCUGCUGAUGUUGGACCUACCUCUUUACAUGGUCAAAGCUUGGAGCCAUCCAUAUCCCAUGAAGUUCUGGAGCAGGAUUAUGAAGAGCAAAUACAGAGAGCUGAGUUUGUUCAACAGAUGCUUAUAUCCACCAUUUUUUAAGAUUCUCUCGAGUCUCCCGGUCCAUUAAAAUUGGUGGUCAAGCUCUUAUUCGUGCUCCCACUUAAAGUUGGUCUCUGACUCAUCCGGUGUACAGUCACUAUUCCUGAUUGUUUAUGUUUCGAUAUAGUGUGCAAUUAAUUAUGUCAAAUAUGUAACUUUAAACGUUCAGCCAAGACAACAAAUGGGUGUAUCAAUUUCACAUUUUGCAUCUUGCAAUGCAAAAAGAGAACUCAGCCAAACAUAUAUAAUAGUUAUUGCAAGUUUCCAGAUUAAUAGCCGUA